AUGUCUUUUACGAAACUUCUUGCUAUCCAUUAUAAUGAAUUACAGAAAAAUCUAGCUCCAUUAUGUUAUGCAGAACCAGAAGAUCCCACCAAAAAUAUGCUUCAUUGGAUCGGUUGGAUAGAUGGACCAGAUGAUACUCCAUAUUCGGGUGGUAAAUUUCAUUUAAUCAUUGAUUUUCCAUUUGACUUUUCUUUCAAAUCGCCAAAUGUACGGUUUAUUACACAAAUUUUUCAUCCAAAUAUUAGCUCAAAUGGAGAAAUUUGUUUAAACAUUUUACAUAGUCAAUGGUCACCAGCAUUGACUAUACGAGGUCUUCUAGUCUCACUAUGUUCAUUAGUAACAGAUGCAAAUCCAGCACAUGGUCUUAAGAAAGAAGCUUUGAAGCUCUAUCGAACAGAUCGACAAAUAUUUGAUCAAACAGCACAUGAAUGGACAAAGAAAUAUGCAACAAAAUAUAAAGAUUAA